AGAUUUGGACUGCCUGGGUGCUACCAGUCUGGGCUGGGAGCCUGGUUUGAACUCCUUGAGAGUGACAGGCUGGCUAGACUGAGCUGUAAAUUCCACCUUUGAGGUUCAAAGCAUGUGGGGGAUCCUAUGUGUCCCCAGAGGCAGGCUCAGAUGGGGAACACCGUUGUUGCUUGCUGUUUGUUAUGAGCACAGUGGCAAUUGGUGGACCUGUCCUACAGCUCAUGCAGCUAGACCUGGGCUUGUAGGAUUGUUUCAGCCACUUAAAGGAGCAGUGACCAGCAAGCAGCUUGCACUGGCAGAAAUGAGCUUGAAAGCUCUUGGGGCAGCUGAGAGAUCUGAUUGCCAGGGGGCAAAUAAGUUCACUGAAGAGAGCCGUUAACCAUCUUAAUCUGAAGAGAGCGGAAGGGGAGGAGGCAAGGGAGGUUUUCACAACCUGCAGUGGGGUUGGCAGUGCCAGCAACUCCAUCAUCCAACUUCUCUCUGCCUCUGGAAAAGCUUCGGUGACACCUGGGAAGUCAUGGCCUUCACAACACCCCAAAUUCCUGCAGAGCUGUCACUGCCAUCCUGCCAGGUAAGCUUCUGACUGAUCUUUACAGUGGUAGGUUGGGCAUUGCUUUCCAGCAUUUGUUUUCUUCCCUUUUCGCUCUCAGGUAACACCCAUUAUUUAUUUUUCUCAGUGAGUCACCUGUGUCUGCUUUUGCCCUUUCCACAUACUUGCCUCACUUACAGCUGUUUGUGGAAAAGGUGCACAGAGGCACCGCCCUGUCACCAUGGGCGUGUUUUACUUCUACCUUUGAUUGCCUUGUCCUGUUGUUUAAUGUCUGAUCACUUCUGUGAGGAAAAUGGUUUUAUGGGGAAAAUCACAUCCUCUUCUGCAAUACCCGUGGGUGGGCUGAAGGCUCACUGUCUCUCCAGGACUGCUGUGCUGCUGCAGCCUUACUCUGUCCCAGUCACAAUGCAACAAUCACCCUGCCUUUCCGACAGGCAGGAGGCUGGUAGAGGUCGGUGUCCCAGCUGGAGAAGGAAGUCCCUGGUGUUGGUUGGAGCAGUUGCUCUGUCCUGCACUGGCGAAGGCUCUGCUGGGCAAGCCCCAGUGAUGUUCCCCAUCUCUGCAAGCUGAGGAACAUGGAGGAGCGGGAGACAGUGGGUGAGCUCUGCUCUACCCCAUCAUGGGCAAGUGACAGAGUAAAGCAAGGGGAGGAUUUGUAAUCCCAGCCCUACAAGGUGGUGUUGGAAUGGAGGUCCUCAGAGCUCACACCCAUCUCUGCAGCUCAUCACUAAUGCGGGGACAUAGGCACUCCCCCUGUGCUGAAAGCUGAAUAUUGCUGCUGCCCCUUGUCUGUAGAGCAGAUUUUCCUGCAAAAUCCGUCUGUCUGUGCCUGCUUGACAAAAACGCUUCCUUUGUCGCUGUAGGUCACACACUCUGCAGCUCACUUUUUUCAUGACCUCUGCUGAUUUCAUUUCUUGCUACUUUCUUCAGCAACAACAGCAGCACAACCCCUCAAACCUUUUCUACCCCUGGUGUUACUCUGAAGGGAUUUUCCACUGGUUGUGUGUGGGACCUGCUCCCUGAGCUGUUUGGGGUUUUAGCAGCCUUGUUCAGAGGCGAUGGAGUUUUGGUGUUUCCACAUGGGCCCCAUGCAUUUCUCUGCAGUUUUUAUUGCUUGGAGGCUGCCAGCAACCUGCACGAGCAGGGACCAUGCUGGCCUGGAAUGUGCGGCCUCCCCAGUGUAUUAACCAGUGCCAGAUGAGCUUCUCUAGCUGUUGUGGACUAGCUUCUCAUCUAGCAUAAACUAGUUAUUUAAUCACUGUCAGCUAAACUAACAGCAGCCAGGCUUGGCUUGCAACUGAGCACAAAUGUACGCAUCUUUUGGAAGGAUAGCUUCAUCUCCAUGACUGACCAAAAAACCCCCAUCCUCUUCAGUAAACUUAGCUCCUGUGCAGUGAUUUUGAGAAGGUGACAGACCAUACCCCUGACCAUCCCUGCCACACUCGGGGUUAUGGCUACUGUACCUGUGGGUUGGCAGACAUGCCAGACCUCUUCUCCAACAACACUGGCAAAAUACUCCAUUUGCCAUUUGGUUUUAAUUUUGACUGGAUGUACAAUUUGUGAAGGGAAGCUAAUGCUUUCACACGUCUUCGUUAGCAUGGAUGUGGGGGAAGCCUAUGCCUGGACCUGUUCCAGCUCUCCGAGACAGUGACAUGGAAGGUGGACUGCCUUCAUGGGCUGGGCGUCAGCAGGUGCUGUAGUACAGGGCUGUCUCAGAACUAGAAAUAACCUUCUCAUGCCAUGCUGAGGUGCUGCAGUAGUGCACCUUACAAGAACCUGCUAUGAUUGCUGGUUCUGAUUUAGGGAGAAAAAUGGUUCACUUCAUUCUCUCAACACAGCCUUGUUAAAUGAAAGGUGAUUUGCGGUGUGGUGUAGGAAAUGCUGAAGAGUGCAAACCAGAUGUUGAAGAUUAUAAGGGACCCUUGCAGAAACAUCAGAAAAUGCUGUACCCUUCCCACCACUCUCCUCAGGCCUGUGAUAUGGUGGAACUUCUUGCUCUGGUAUUUGCUGUGUUCAUAUGAGAAAGGUGGCAUCUCAGUGGUGUUCCUCCAGCUGCUUACAAGCAGGCUGGCUCAUUCUGCCUCCAGCUCAUCUUGUGAUGGUACACCAACGGUGCAGGAAGGGGUGAAUGGUACAUGCAAGGGAAUGGAAAAUUAUCUCAUUGCUGCCCUGUUACCAAACCAAUGUGGGAAGCCCUUGCUCCUCCUCAACUCUUCCCUGUGCUUUUCAGCCACACAACUCACAGUUUGUGGCAUAAAUGGUUUGUGGAGCUCAGUGGCAGUUUCGUAUUGAUCCGCUCUUUCCAGAGCUGCCUGCAGGUUGAUCAGUCCCUCUGUGGACAAGCAAGCAGCUGUUAACCAGAGGAGAUGCCAGCCCUACUUCUGUUGGUAGAAGCCUCUGUUUAAUCACAGCUCGUGUUCCUCCUUUGGUUACCUAUUAUUUCAGUUAGGUACCUUCCACUCCCUCCUGUCGGUUAAGGACAUGAGGCGUGUAGUGUGCCUUUGGGUUCCCACUGUUAACACUGUGUUCAGUUCAUGCAUUUGCCAAAUGACUCUGAGUACCAAGUUUCAGUUUUUCCCAUCUGCAUGUCCUUGGCAUAUACUGCACUUUCCAGGGCUUCAAGAAAUCAGACCAUAGGUACCUUCUGCUUACUCAUGACUCAGCUGUCCAAUUUUCCCACACAGUCACUGGUGCAAACUUCAUGGUGUUAAGUGUUGAAGGAAUAUGGCCUGAACUGAUCAAAGUUUGAAAAGGAAUACCCGAAGCCCUGCAAGUCAUAUUAAAGCACAGGCACCACCAGUGCAUGUCAAGGUUCUGCUUCCAGGACUGUGAAAGGACACCAAGCCAUUCUGCUUUCAAUUACAUGAAUAUUAUACCUCCUGCUCCAAAGACUGGAGUCACAGAUUUGACUUUUGGCUUUUCCUUGGCAUCCAUUUCCGGUGAGGAUUAAGGUAAAAGAACCCCAGGUUCAGUCUGCCUGGCACCGCUGCAACCAAGCUGACACGCUGACACAUCCUGGUUACCAGGGGACUGUCGCCUCAUCUGACCUGCCGAACAUUUCCACCUUUGCGUUUACAGAGAUGAGGUGACCAUUCAGAUGCCAGAGUGCAUGAUCAGCACAUGAGGAGAAUAAAGUACAGCACGCAGUACACAAGCAAAAUGUCCAAACAAAAAAAAAACAAAUCAGGAACUACACACAGCUGGCAAGUGUGGGCCAUCUACAUGCUCUUAGCUGCAAACCUCUCUGAACAGCAAGCGCUGAAGCAGGCUUGUCCUUCAUGCAGUGAUGCUCAGCUUUGCAACUGCUCUUCCAUGGGCUUGGACUUCAUUCCCCCAGGGCUCACCGCCAAAAUCACAAUGUUAAACCUGGCCCACAACAGGAUAAAGCACAUCCGAUCCCAGGACCUGCAGCAGGCUGUGAACCUGAGAGCCCUGCUGCUGCAAUCCAACAAAAUCAGCUCCAUAGAUGAAGACUCGUUUCAGUCCCUGGCGAAACUGGAGCUCUUGGACUUAUCAAAUAACAGCUUGGCUCACUUGUCCCCUGUGUGGUUUGGGCACCUUUUCUCGCUCCAGCACCUCCACCUUCAAGGCAAUUUCUACAGAGACCUGGGAGAAAGCUCUCCCUUUUCUGGUCUGAGGAACCUGAGCUCUCUCCGCCUGGGCAACCCACGGUUCUCUGUGAUAAGGCAAGGGAACUUUGAGGGCAUUGAGCUUCUCAACAAGUUGUGGAUUGAUGGUGGUAAUCUCAGUCAGUAUGAGCAGGGAAGUUUGAAAUUGAUUAAGAAGAUAAAUCACAUGGUCAUAAACCUAAGAAAUAUUAAUAUAUUCUCAGAAAUUGUUAGGGACCUUCUGCACUCUGUGACUUGGCUAGAAGUGAGAGAAAUCAAAUUAGCAGUUGAAAUAAAAAGCUUGGUGCAGAACUCUACACGUCCUUUUAGGAUGCAAAAACUUACGUGUAAAGAUGCUUUCUUCACAGACCAGUCUAUUAGCCGAUUAUUGGUAUUAUUGAAGGAAAUCACCUCUUUACGAGAGUUAGAGGCAAUAGAUUGUGUGCUUGAUGGGAGGGGUGUAUGGGACACUAAAGGAAUUACAAGCAGUGGGCAAAGUUUUGUUGAAACAAUAUCAAUAAUAAAUGUAAUGAUUCCGAAUUUUCAUCUGUUUAUUGACCUAGAAGGUAUGGAGUCACAAAUAAACAAACUGAAAAGACUCACUAUUGCAAGCUCUAAAGUUUUCAUGGUACCAUGCAAGCUUGCAAGACAUUUUUCAUCACUUACGUAUCUAGACUUCAAUGAUAAUUUGCUUGUAAAUAAUCGUUUAGAUGAGACAAUCUGUAAAGAUGCCUGGCCUUCACUGCAAACAUUAAAUCUAAGUCAAAACUCUCUAAAAUCUCUGAAAUGGACUGCAAAAUAUGUAUCUCGUCUACCCAAACUGAAUAAUCUUGACAUUAGCCAAAAUAAUUUUGGUGAGAUUCCAGAUGCAUGCGAAUGGCCAAAAAACCUGAAAUAUUUAAACCUCUCCAGCACUCAAAUUCCUGAAGUAACGACCUGCAUUCCCCCAACGCUGGAAGUUUUGGAUGUUAGUGCUAACAACCUGAAGGAGUUUGGACUGCAGCUCCCAUUUCUGAAAGAGCUGUACCUCACAAAAAACCAGCUGAAGACCCUGCCUGGUGCUGCACCCAUUCCAAACUUAGUGGUCAUGUCAGUCAGGAGAAACAAGCUCAACAGUUUCUCCAAGGAAGAGUUUGAGUCCUUCAAGAGAAUGGAGCUGCUGGAUGCCAGUGACAACAACUUCAUCUGCUCCUGUGAAUUCCUCUCCUUCAUCCACCACCAGGCUGGGAUAUCCCAAGUGCUGGUGGGGUGGCCAGACAAGUACGUCUGUGACUCUCCGCUGGCGGUGAGAGGGGCCCAGGUUGGAGCUGUACACCUCUCCCUGAUGGAGUGCCACAGGUCCCUCGUGGUGUCAUCGAUCUGCAUCCUGGUGUUCCUGGUCAUCCUCAUCCUUGUAGCUGUUGGCUACAAGUACCACGCGGUCUGGUACCUGAGGAUGACCUGGGCGUGGCUCCAAGCCAAGCGGAAGCCCAAGCGAGCCCCGCCAAAGGACAUCUGCUAUGACGCUUUUGUCUCCUACAGUGAGAACGACUCCAACUGGGUGGAAAACGUAAUGGUGCGGGAGCUGGAGCAGGCCUGCCCUCCCUUUCGCCUCUGCCUCCAUAAGCGGGACUUUGUGCCUGGGAAGUGGAUAGUGGACAACAUCAUUGACUCCAUUGAGAAGAGCCACAAAACGCUCUUUGUGCUGUCCGAGCACUUUGUGCAGAGCGAGUGGUGCAAAUACGAGCUGGACUUCUCACAUUUCCGCCUCUUUGAUGAGAACAACGAUGCGGUGAUUCUUGUCCUCCUGGAGCCCAUCCAGAGCAAAACGAUUCCCAAGAGGUUCUGCAAGCUGCGGAAGAUCAUGAACACAAAGACCUACCUGGAGUGGUCUCUCGAAGAAGAGCAGCAGCAGAUGUUUUGGGCAAACCUGAAAAGAGUGUUGAAGUCAUAGAAGAACUCAGCAGCUCCCAUUUCAACGUAUGUCUGCAAAAGGCUCUAUGUCAGUGUUUCUUCUUGCUAAGAAUUUUUUUGUCUUAUUUUUCUCUCAAAAUACAGCUGGCUUUGUUGUGUGUAGAAAGAAUUGUCAUGUUACUCACUGAAAAAGGACCACUUUUUGCUUUCCAGUAAUCUGAUUCUCUGGUCUUUCAAAAUCUCUGCCAAUAACUAUAAUAUUUGGAAGCUAUAUUGGACUAUAUAUACUUUUCUGAAUACAUUUAGCUGACUGUAGGGUAUUUCUGUACUUUUUUCUGCUCUUACCACUAUUCCCAACUCGUCUCUAACAAUGCCACUGCAAUUUACAAUUUAAAUUAAAAGCCAAGGACUUCAAUCAA